AGGCGCUUCUUCCUCACCCCGCCGCUCAGUAUGCUCCAGGAGUCCGUUACCUUGUCCGGACCCCGCGCCACCUUGACUUACAGGAUGGCCGGAUCGGUUGAUGGCGCGCUGCGAAUCAGGUCUGUGACGAUGACACGUGUCGCUCGGUUAUCGCGUGGGCGAGGAGGAGGGCGCGCGAUCACGUCCUCUGUAGGCGUCAGCCGCUUGCUCGCACGAAAGGUACAAGCGCCGCCGCCGCCGCCGCCGGCGGCGAUCGCAUCUCACGCGUCUUCGUUGACGUCAUCAAUAACGUUGACGCGGGGAAAUCGGUGUCGAAGAAGAGGUAGAGGAGGCGCCAACGACGCCAGUCUUGUGAGCGACCCUAGAUUUUGCCGGGAAAUUGGCGGCAAGGGGGUGAAGCCCUGCAGCAUUCCCACUGUUUCUAGCCGUUGGAUGAAUGGACUUGGUAUCUUCCACGUGACACCUUCGGGUUCUUCUCCUUUACGCUACAGAGUCACCUGGAGGUCGGGACAUGGUGCCGCUUUUGGAGGAGAUGAGGGAGGAAGGAGACAAGGCUGUGGAUAUGCCUCCUCGGUGAGUACGUCUCCGGCGAUGGCGAUCUUCUCUUCGCUCGAUUCGCGCCGUGCGAAGCUCACGGAUAUGUCGAUGGACGUCUCGUUAACGGCUUCUGCUGCUGCCGCUUCUUCUCCUCCUUCUUCUUCUUCUUCGAUCUCCGUGUCCGAAUCGGCUAUGGCGGACGCGUUGGAUCUGUCCUUGGAGGAAGAAGCCCUUAAGUGCGCGAUCAGGAGAAUAGAGAGCGAAGAAGAUACUCCGGUGCAGGUGGAUCUAAGGUACCAGUUGGUGGGCAUGGGACUGGCCCUUUCACAAGGGCAUGCGGGGAUGGACCACUCCACCAGAAGGUGUUUCGAGAUGUGGCUCCACUUCUGCUCGGUGCUUGGCAAAUCUAAGACUCUGAAGGCGCUCUAUCUCCAGGGGAAUAACUUAGGCUCGAUGGAAAGCCAAGUCGAUAAUCCGCUUCUGAGAGCACUAAGUGAAGGUUUGGCUGCCAACACGUCUUUAGAGGCUGUUCAUCUGUAUGCAAAUGAGAUAGCGGAUAAGGGAGCAGACGCCAUUGCUGGAGCAUUAUUAUCGACACAUGGCCUCCCGAGCUUGGAGGUGCUUGAGCUAGGUGUGAAUGGGAUUGGUGAUGCCGGCGCCAUUGCUCUCGCGUCAGCGAUUGUGUGCAAUCAGAGGAUCUGUUCAUCCACACGGUCAGAAGCAUAUGGCCGUACAUCUGAUGUGGGGGGGAUUGGGAUUCAGGUGGUUAGCGCGCCAUUCAGAGUCGGAGGAGAAGAGGAGGAGGAGGGAGUGAAUGAACAUUGUGGGCAAGUAGAAAACAAGGAUCUCUGGCUUUACAUGUGCCAUAACCUCGUCGGGCGUGAGGGAUGUCGCACCCUCUCAGCUUCUCUGCGUGCACGUCUCCUGUCGGAAAUGAUGGUGGAGCAGAAGGUUGACAGCAUACCCGGGAGGACAGAAGAGAUCCGAGAGAAGGCUGUAGAAAGUGAAAACGCUCGAUCGGGUCAACGUCAGACCAGGGCAGAAGUUUCAGGACUAAUCGAGGGAGGCGGAGUUUUUUUGGAAGGAAAUCCCGGUUUCUCUGUAGAAGACAUCGUCGUUCGUGAUGGAGUGGGUCCGAAAAUCUCCGUGGAGGAUUCAGAAAAUCAGAGGGGAUUGGAGAUUGACAGUCAAUUAGAGGGUAAGGCGGCAGCAGCAAGGAAGGAUCGAAAGGGCAACCUGCAGGCUAGUACGAGGUUGAGGGGGUUGUCCAUGGGAGAUCUCCAUCCUGCUGAUGUUCACCGGCGGACGCUGCCGAUCACUGAGGACUGCAGUGUGCCGGACGAAAUGAAUGAGAUUGGAGUGCGGCUUGAGAAUGCUCUGAACAGUGAGAUGGGGGAAAUAUUUGGAGCUGAUCGUGUCCCAGGUCAGCGGCAGAACCCGUCGAUUGCUGGAGGCAGCAGGGGCAUGCAGACGGAAAUGGACGGCUCAUUUGAUGAGAAGAUCAAGUCUGACGAGCGUGCUGGAAGCGGAGAGCAUGUCACAGAGAGCAAACAAGAAAGUGAUGCCAGUGGGAGCAACGGAGGGAACUUGGCAGAGGCGAUGGUCAGCCAUGUGUCAACUCCCUCGCAAGCCGAGGUCUCGGCUGCUACCGGUAGUCCACGGCAAAGCGACCGAGGGGUGCAUAAGGGUGAGCAGUGGGACUCGGUUGCUCGUACAGGAUCACAUCAAUCUGAGAGGUGCUAUGAUGGAGAACAGGAGAAAGGGGUAUGGAAGGACAACCCCAUAAAGGGCAUGAUAGAUAAUAGCGAUGAGGAGGAGGGAGGUGGUUUUGUGAGUGCUAUGGAGGAGAGUGCAGAUUCCACUGUUGAGUUCCGGGUGCAAAGUAGUAGUCAAGACCAGGAACCACAGACGAGCUCAACUUUUGUAUUAAGAGAUGAUGAGACAUUGGCUAGUGCUAAUAGCGUCGCCAAUCAGCUGGGAACAGUAACUUCGUCUAAAGGAGUGCGAUCCCUGUCGACAAGGCCGCCGCCGCUUGGACAUAACUCCUCUGAAUCAGAACGGCCAACAUCCACCGAGGUGCCAGGGAACUUGUCUUCAAUAUCUGUGGCAUCAUGUUCGUCUCCUUUGCCGUCCUCCUCUUUCCACGACUUGCAGAGACAGCAUGGCUCUUCCUUCAAACCCACAUCAGGAUCGCAUGCUUCUUCGUCAUCGUCUUCACAUUCCGCACACUCAGACUUCAGGGCAGUGCAAAGAACUGAUGAUGACAAUAGGGGGGCAAUGGAGGAAGGCACGUCGAGUAGGCACUGGUCUCCUUUGCAGCGCAUGUUACCUGCAGAAUGGCGCGAGUUGGUGAUUGGCACUGCUGGAUUUGAUUGCCUUUGGGAGAUUGACCAGCUUCUGCGGGACGAGAGAGACAACGUUCUCCCACCGUACAACCAGAUAUUUCGAGCGUUGGAGAUGUGCCCUCCUGAGGCUGUUCGAGCAGUGAUACUUGGACAGGAUCCGUACCCCAGGAGAGGAGAUGCAGAUGGCCUUGCCUUUUCGAAACCAAAGAUUGAAGGGAGCCUAGAGAAUAUUUUGGAGGCACUGGAAAACGACCUUGGGUGUCAGCAUAUCGCAUUCCGGAGACCUGCAACAGGAAGCCUCACAACAUGGGCACAACAGGGUGUGCUACUGUUAAACACUGCGUUGACGGUGUCUCCUGGCAUGUCAGGCUCGCAUUUGGAUGAAUGGAAACCUUUUACAACUGCAGUAAUAACAGCCUUGUCCAAUCGUCAAGGCCCCGGUAUCCCUUUUGCACUGUGGGGAAGGAAGGCACAGGUACGGAUAACCAGCCUCCUUACCACCUUCACUACAACCUAGACUCCUCCUCCUCCUCCUCCUUCUCCUCCUCUUGCUGCUGCUACGGCUGCUGUUCUUCGACUCCUUUGAAGGCUCUGAACUAACUGUUCUCGAUGCGGAGCCGUCAAGAAUACAUGGCUGUCCUGUGGGACAUCCGUUAAAAUGGGGACGAUCCAGAGAAGAUUAGCAAGACCUCCGCACAAUGCGCACAUACAAAAAAACAAAAACUUUACACGGGA